AUGUCUCACAUUCUUCUAACCUGCACUUACCAGCUUGAAGCCUUCUUUGUCCUGGAGUAUGCCAGUGGGAAAUCUUUAUGGCAAAUGAUUCUUCGUGACGGAAAUCUGCCAAUGUCGAGAAUCAUAUUCUACACAGCAGAGAUGGUGGUUGCCCUCCAGUUCCUGCAUUCUAAAGGAAUCAUUCAUCGUGAUCUGAAGCCGGACAACGUAUUGGUGGAUAAAGAUGGCCACAUAAAGAUCUGCGACUUUGGCCUUGCAAAAGAGAACAUCACUGGCCAGAAGAAUAACUACGGCUUAGCAGGAACCCGUGGAUAUCGGGCACCAGAGGUACUAUUACAGGAUGAGUACAAUGCAGCCGUGGAUUGGUGGUCUUUCGGGGUGAUAAUGUAUGAAAUGGCCACAGGUAAAUUGCCAUAUUCAACAUCAGGCAGCAUUCUAAAUCAGACCUAUGCGAUAAUGACGGAAACACCAGAUUACCCAUCUUAUAUGAGCGAGGAAAUGCUGGACCUCCUGUCUAAGCUUUUGGAGAGUGAUGACACCAAACGAAUUGGACUGAAUGGGAACAUCAGGGAGCAUCCUUUCUACAGCACUAUCAACUGGGAUGAUCUGGAAAAUCGAAGACUGGAGACACCUUUUCAGCCAGGAAUGCCAUCUGCGGACGACUUCUAUGAAUUUCCACUACCAUUCUCCACUCAUAAUUGCAAUGGAAAGAAUUUAAAAGAUUUCUCAGAAGUUGAUCCCAACUGGAAUUGGAAGGAGUAA